GAGCCCCCGCCCCGGCGGAGCGGAGCCGUGGGUCGGUGCAGUGGGAUCGGUGAGAGCCCCCGCCCCGGCGGAGCGGAGCGGAGGGAGCGGUGAAAGCAGCGGGAGCCCCCGCCCCGGCGGAGCACGGCGUGCUGGCUGCGGAUGGAGGGCAGCCGCGCUUCUCCCCGCUACGGAUCCAUGGAAUCCACCCGCUGGCCGCCGGCCGGCGCGGGGCCAGAGGACGAGAUCGUGUCCAUGGCGGACUCCACCACCACCAUGGAUGACAUCGAGGGGGAGCUCUUCAGGAUCGAGCGGAUCCGGGAGAUCCUGGUGCGCCGGGAGUCGGAGCUGCGCUACAUGAUGGACGACAUCCAGCUCUGCCAGGAGAUCAGCCGGCUGAAAACAGAGCUCCAGAAACUGCUGGACCUGCCAGAGAACCAGAAAUCCAACGAGGAGAAGCAGAGGGAAGAAGAGCUGGUGCAGCAGAUCCACAAGCUGGUGGAGACGCGGGAUUUCCUGGUGGAUGACGUGGAGUUUGAGAGGCUCAGGGAAAGGGAAGAGGACAAGGAAAUGGCCGAGUUCCUGCAGAGCAAGCUCUCCAAAAGCUGCCUCCAGAGAACGACUCCUGUCCCAGAGAAGAAGAUGACAUCGAGGGGACAGCAAACCUCGGCUCCCUAUGUGACCAAGACGGGGCUGGCCCUGCUCAGGGGGUGCUGUGGCUUCACCUGCUCCAUCAUGUAGGGCACUGCCAGCGCCUGGCACAGGACACGGCCGUGGUAGGGGCACGUCCUGGGGACACGGGACAGGCAGGAGGGGCUUCCUUGCAGCUGAUCCUGUCCUGGAGCUGAUCCUGUCUUGGAGCUGAUCCUGUCUUGGAGCUGAUCCCAGCCUGGGGCUGAUCCUGCCCUGGAGCUGAUCCUGUCCUGGAGCUGAUCCUAUCUUGGAGCUGAUCCCAGCCUGGGGCUGAUCCUGUCCUGGAGCUGAUCCUGUCCUGGAGCUGAUCCUGUCCUGGGGCUGAUCCCGUCCUGGGGCUGAUCCCGUCCUGGGGCUGAUCCCGUCCUGGAGCUGAUCCCGUCCUGGAGCUGAUCCCGUCCUGGAGCUGAUCCUGUCCUGGGGCUGAUCCCAUCCUGGGGCUGACCCUGCCCUGGAGCUGAUUCUCUCCUGGAGCUGAUCCCAGCCUGGAGCCGAUCCCAUCCUGGGGCUGAUCCUGCCCUGGAGCUGAUCCCGUCCUGGAGCUGAUCCUGCCCUGGGGCUGAUCCUGCCCUGGGGCUGAUCCCAGCCUGGGGUUGAUCCCAGCCUUGAGCCUAUUCCAUCCUGCGCUGCUCCAGAGACUCUCCAGGGCUGCUGUGCUUGGCCCACAGGGAUUUGCUUUGUCCCACACAUACCACAGGCUCCAGUCUGUCCUGCCCUCCCAGGCCUCACUGGGACAGUGAGUGACCCAGACAGAGAGUUUGGUUGGGCUGAGGGCAGCCAGAGGCCAGGAGAGCCCUGGGUUCCAAACCUGACCCUCUGGAGGCAGCCUGGGCUGGAGGCAGUGCUGGAGGAUGGGCAGGUCUGUCUGUGUGUCCCCUGAGGAUGGGCAGGCUGUGUCUGUGUGUCCCCUGAGGAUGGGCAGGCUAUGUCUGUGUGUCCCUCCGUGGCCCUGAGGCUGCUCCCCAGGCACACAGAAGUGCUGGGAGGGCUGGGAGAGGAGCCCAGCCCAUGGAGGGACACAGCUUCACGUGCAUCCACCUCAACCCCAACCAAUAAAUGUCUGC